CAUCACUUUCCUUCAACUCCAUCCUGAUACCUGACACGCUCAUUCACCCUUGGGAGAGGAAAUCAACAACAGGCAAACGGCAAAAGGCACGAGGCCAGAGAGGAGAUACAGGCAAGAGGGGAGAACAAGAGGACAAGAGGACCAGAGGACAAGAGAACAAGAGGACAAGAGGAUAUACACAUCGUGAGAAAAAGAAGCACAAGAUGGUGCCGGAACAGCAGCCGCCCAACGUGGCCAAAGUCCAGGACAUCAUCACCACCUUCCGCCCUUGUCGCCUGUUCAAAGCGCCGCCGCCUUCAUCCUACACCUCCAUCGACUUCGACGACAGCGGCGAGUUCCUGCUGUUAUCGCGCUCCGACGACACGGUGCAGCUGUUCAACAUCAAGGCCGGCCAGCACGCGAAAGAGCUCAAGUCGCAGAAAUAUGGCAGCGCUCUGGCCCGCUUCACCCACCACAGUACCUCCAUCAUCUACGCCUCCACCAAGCACAACGAUGACAUCCGCUAUCUCUCCAUGCACGACAACUCCUUCAUUCGCUACUUCAAGGGCCACCAGGGUCGCGUCACGAGCUUGAAUCUGAGCCCCAACAACGAUCAGUUCAUGUCGGCAAGCUUGGACAACACGGUCAAGCUGUGGGACGCCAGGUCGCCCAAUGCGCAGGGCCAACUCAACUUUCAAUCUCCGUGGUUCACUGCAUACGAUGCGAGUGCCUCCGUCAUCGCCAUUGCCUCUCCGCCCGCUCAGACUAUCGCUCUGUACGAUCUGCGCAACUACGACAAGCCACCCUUUACCACCUUCGACCUCCUCGACCUCGAGAAUCAGUUCCGAAGUCACGGGCAGAGGGGCGGCGAGGGAUGGAUUGGGCUAGAGUUCUCCAACAACGGCAAGUACAUGCUGAUCGCCACGAACGGCCCCGGCCACUACAUUCUGGAUGCCUUCUCGGGCGACUUGAUUCACUAUCUCCAGAAGCCCACUGGUGCCGACUACAGUCACUAUGCUCCUGGCGCCGACCUCUUGACCGUGCCCACGGGAGAAGGCAGCACCCCUUCCUUCAUCCAGUCGAGCGCCUGCUUCUCGCCCGAUGGAAGAUAUGUGAUUGGUGGGAAUGGCAGGUCUGCGAACUUGCAAGUCUGGGAUUGCGCAGAGGAACCGAAGGCAGAUCGAGUGCUUGACCCGUGCGCUGAACUACCCAGCCAGAAGCCUGCCAAGGUCGUUGCUUAUAAUCCGAGACACAAUCUUGUUGCUACUGCGGAUAAAGAGAUGAUGAUGUGGUUACCGGAUCCCGAUGCUGCGUGAAAUCGAAUGAGGAUAGCUGGGUACUACGCCUUUUUAUUUGAUCUUAGCGUGGCGCUGGAGGAGUACUGGAUACAGUGGAACAGGGCGGGUGACAGAUGAACAUUGCUGGCGCGACAUCCGUUUUCGAGGAUCAUCAAGACCGAAUCAAUCAGGGAGUCCAAUGAUACCAGGCGGAGUAGAGUCAAUCACGAUACGAAAUGAAAGGUGUGAGAUCAGCCGGUGCGCGAGCAUGAUCAGGCCAUGCUAUCUAUCGUGUACUACAUCCUCCUACUAUGCCGUCGUGGUUGAGAGCGACACUCCGCGCAACCGAUGUUUGUAUGUGCAGUACCUCCUAGUGUCAGUCUUGCUGGCAAUGUGAGCCAGACUUGCACUCGCUGUGGAAUGGACGGGGUCAAUAGUGACCGACUUGAUUAUCCUACGAGGUAGAACAGCUCUGGGGGGCUUCUUCACACUCGUCAAUACGACUGGGUAAUUAUUUCCAUCACUACCCUGGAUGCCAGGAUGGUCAUUGGAUCAGGCAGGCCAGGAAAUCAUUGAAUUCUCGUACAACAUCUGUGAUGUGCGUAUGUCUGUGGCCCGCGGGUCCCAGGAUGCAUAGGAACCCUAGGAACCCUAAUGAUAGCAAUGAUAGUAUUGGGCCAUUUCUUGGCAUUUCCGUGUGUUUGGAACACUGACCAGGAGAGGGAUUCUUGCCAGUCUUCGGCUGUUCGAGAGCGUGAAGAUCCGAACACACGCAUCUAUAUACAGGCUUGAUACAGCAGAUACUGCAGACUCGAUCGUCGAUAUACUCCGCCGCUUCAGACAGAGAACAUCGUGUCGAGCCGACCAGCCAGCGCCGCGUUCCGAACUUCCGAAGGGACCAACCGGGAAUGAAUGGGCCAAUACAGCAUGGAUGAUCAAUUUAUCAUAUUCAUGGAUAUAGAAAAUGGGAAAACCUUCGACUGCGGCAGCGCGCUUCCUUCUACUUCCGGUUAGAACGAAUCCGGAACGCGGCUCUGAGUCCGCUCGCUUCCACUUCUCCCUCCCUGGGAGCUGGCGUCGGGCGACCUGCACAGCACAUACAGCACAGCCCACUUGGGAAGGGUGUUGCUUGUUACUCUCGCCUACUUGACGCUGCCCCCAACACUCUCUGCUGAGUCUGCUCACAACACCGCCCCUGCACGCGAAUUGCACCAGGUCUGCCAUAAUAGGGUAUCGUGGUCCGCACCGCUCGUCACAUGUGUCUUGACCUCGCACCCCAAAACGAACAAUACAUCUUGCUCCUCUUCUUCACACCAAUCGUUCAAACGGGACCGUGGCGGAGCAAUUGGCAUCAAUGCUUGCGUGAAGCUUGCCCUGGGGGCCCGCAUGCGCACCAUCACCACCAAGCCUCGACCAAACGGACUCUUCUCGGCGUGCUCGAGAUGCGCCAUCGGUGCACGUGCUGGGAGCUGUCGGCGUGUCGUUGCUGUGCACUUCUCGACAACUCGCCCUCUGCCCCUUCUCCUGGCUGCUAAUCCAUCAGAAUAGCAGAAUGUGCCUGUGCAGAGCAGCGCGGAAGAUGCUUUAAUACCGUCAUCAGCAGAGAUCAGCAACCACUCGCCUGCCCCUCUCUACCUUACCCUCCACUCCACCACCCGAAGCGGUGGAGCAGUGACCACCGGUUGUCCACGACUGUCAGACCUGCGUGGCGAUGAGGGCUAAGGUUCCUGGGCGUGUUGUGCUUGAAGACGGCACGCUUCUCCACGGAACACUCCAUUUCUGGAUACUUGGCAAUCGCUGGAGGAAGGUAUUGUCGUGAACAGCAUCUUCACACGGCGCAUGCUUUCAACUCUCUUCCAUGCAAAGAAUACUAAGUCCUGCAUCUCAUGAUACACUCGUACGUGGUACGAUGCUGCAGGAAAGCCAGGCUCAGCCAUCUGAAGCACUGUGAGAACACUCUCCAGCUUACCAGCUGCAUUGAAAGUGGUUCUGGGAUAUGAUUGCACAAUGUCCCGGGGGAGCGUAUCUAUACGCAUUUUAUGUUAGUGGACCCUGGUGUUGCACUCGUCCGGAUCGAUCCUAAGCGACCCUAGUACUAGGGUCGUCCGGACUACUCACACACCGAUUUUCCCGGUCACAAGACCGAUCUGGUAUUGUCAACAUGAGACUCCGCCUCCAGUAUGGUGCUCCGCGACGAUCGAGUGCUCUGCUACUAGUACCCUGCACCGGUGACUGACUAGAUUUUGCUGCUCCCUGGAGCGGCGAUGAAUCAGACUUGCUGCUCCUCGCCGCAGUCACCGACUCGGUGCGACAGCUGUCAUGCCACGUUCCUACUCGUAUUCUUCCACAACUUCCCAGACACAAGCAUGGGGGUGCCGCGCACCCAGCCUCCGUCUGAUUGAAACCAUUGUCGGUGGCAGUGAAUUCACACUGUGCGAACCUAUUCUGAGCUCAUCCACAAUGUGCAGCUUCAUGCUCAGCCAUGUCUUGGCUUCAAAGCUUCGCUCUCUGUACUAUAUGGUCCGACCACCCUGUUCUUGAUAUCAGCCAGAAGUUCAACAAUUAGAUUCUACGCUUCAAUCAGAAGAUCCGUACGGCCCAGAGUCAAGAUGCCCAAGCGUUCACGCAGCUCAUCCACGCCCGCCACGUCCCCGCCCACUCCUCCCUCGAGUGACC